CCGUCCUGAAGAUAAAACCCCGGAACCCCACGGUGCCCCGCCUCUCACCAACUCAUAUUUUAGGAGAACCUGUUGUUGAUCUUUGUCAGGAUUACCUAGGUAUUAGGUAUUAGGUAUCAUGGUUGAAAGCGUGCUCGACGACAUCUCCCACCGGAGAUUCAAUCCCUUGCGGGGGUCGUACGUCCUGGUGUCUCCCCACCGGACGAAACGGCCAUGGCAAGGACAGCAGGAAAGUCCGUCGAAAACGUCCCUCCCUGCCUACGACCCUGCCUGCUAUCUUUGUCCCGGAAACAAGCGUGCCCAGGGGGACAGCAAUCCGCAGUACGACCGAACCUUUGUGUUUGUCAACGACUACAGCGCCGUCAAGGAGGAACAGGCACCGUAUGAACCAGAGCAUGAAGCAGGGAGCGCCGAAUCGCUGUUCCUCCAAGCGCAGCCGGUAACAGGCAAAUGCUACGUGCUGACCUUUUCCGCCGCACACAACCUCACCCUGGCCGAUCUGUCUCCCGCGGAGAUUGUCCCCGUCAUCGAUGCCUGGACGGAGAUCUACACGGCGCACCUGUCACCGCGGUCGCCGCUGGCGGCGGCAGCGCCGGCGACGAGGCUGCCUCCCUCGUCUGCGGGUGUGAGCGUGACGAAACCCAAAGAACAGUACCGGUACAUGCAGAUCUUUGAGAACAAGGGUGCUGCGAUGGGUUGUUCGAACCCGCACCCGCACGGACAGGUGUGGACGACCAGCUCGCUGCCGGAAGAGCCCGCGGCGGAGUUUGAGCAGCUGAAGCAGUACCGCCGGCAGCACGCGGGGAGACACAUGCUCGCCGACUACGCGGCGUUGGAGAUCGAGAAGGGCGAGCGCGUCGUGUUCGAGAACGAGGCUUUCCUCGUCGUGUGUCCCUGGUGGGCAGUCUGGCCGUUCGAGACCAUGAUCAUCAGCAAGACACACAAGCGCGCCCUCGUCGAUCUCAACGACUCCGAUAAACAGAUGCUGGCCGAAGCCAUUGCAGAGGUCACCAGACGGUACGAUAAUCUGUUCGAGACCCAUUUUCCUUACAGUAUGGGCAUCCACCAGGCGCCGCUGGAGGGCAGCGACGACGAGAUCGAAGCCGCGUACCUGCACCUGCAUUUCUAUCCUCCUCUCCUGCGCAGCGCCACCGUGCGCAAAUUCCUCGUUGGUUUCGAGAUGCUAGGUGAACCCCAGCGGGAUAUCACGCCCGAACAAGCCGCCGCCCGACUACGGGAGUGUGGAGGAGAGCUAUACAGAAAGAAGCUGGCAUAAUGUAUAAUACAGACUGAUAAUCAAGCUGAAGUCGAAAACACAUAAAAACUGCGUUUCUUCAAAAGCUCAACCCAAG